AUGACCGCCACAAAAGCACCCAAGCCUGCGUUCCCUGCAGAGGCAGCGACACAAGAAUAUGCCGCCUCUCUGGAUGCAGCAGAUCCUCUGCGCGAGUUCCGCGACAAGUUCAUCAUUCCUUCAAAGGCCAACCUCGCGACUAAGAAGUUGGCGAAGCCAGGUCUUUCCGCGGAUUCUAGCAUAUACUUUGCUGGUAACUCGCUAGGUAUUCAGCCCAAAGCUGUGGCAAAAUAUAUGGAAGCUCAGCUGGAUACCUGGUCCUCGAUUGGUGUUUGCGGACACUUUGUUGAUCUUGAGGAUUCACCUCUGCCGCAAUGGCAAUUGUUGUCGGAGCAGGCGGCCACUUCAAUGUCCAAGCUAGUUGGCGCGCAGCCCGAAGAAGUUGCUGCAAUGGGCACCUUGACUAUGAAUUUGCAUUUGUUGCUUGCCAGCUUUUAUAAGCCCACUGAGACCAGGCGUAAGAUCCUGCUGGAUUGGAAGGCAUUCCCGAGUGAUCACUAUGCAAUUGAAUCACAGAUCGCCUGGCAUGAUCUCGACGCCAAGGAGAACAUGGUGCUGAUCGGACCAGAUGAGGGACAGCACGAGAUCUCAACUGAGAAGAUUCUAUCAAUCAUUGACCAACAUGCCGAGGAUGCAGCAGUGAUUCUUCUGCCUGGUAUCCAAUACUACACCGGGCAGCUCUUUGAUAUCCCCACCAUUACCAAGUAUGCUCAAUCCAAGGGUCUGGUCGUCGGAUGGGAUCUAGCCCACGCAUUUGCAAAUGCCGAACUCAAGCUGCACGACUGGAACGUUGACUUUGCAGUUUGGUGCACUUAUAAAUAUGGAAAUGCCGGACCCGGGUCUAUGGGUGGACUGUUCGUGCACGAGAGACAUGGCCAAGUUGACUACAGCGCUGGACCCGAUGCUCCAAAGUUCCGUCAUCGCCUGACUGGAUGGUAUGGAGGCGAUCGGUCUGUGCGCUUCAAGAUGGACAACAAGUUUAAGCCUAUUCCCGGAGCUGGAGGAUUCCAGAUUUCCACUUCUUCAGUUAUGGAUCUCACCUCUCUAUGUGCAGCUUUGUCUGUCUUUGACCAGACUUCCAUCCAAGAUUUGCGCGAAAAGUCUAUUAAGCUGACUGCGUAUCUUGAAUACCUACUUCUGAAGGAUACCGACGAGGAAACUCGUUUGUAUGGGAUUAUCACGCCUUCCGACCCCCAUGCACGCGGCGCCCAAUUGAGUGUUCUGCUUAAGCCUGGCCUAUUGCACAAGGUAGCGGAGCGUCUGCAAAACGCAGGUAUCAUCUGUGAUAAGCGAGAGCCUGGCGUUGUUCGCGUUGCCCCUGUGCCUUUGUACAACACCUACUCUGAUGUAUUCAACUUCGUCAAGGAGUUCAAGGCCGCAUUGGCCUAG